AUGGCGAAGCCCAGGGUAAAGCGACGAUGCAGCUCCCCCAAAGUUCAAGAAGUCGAGAUACAACGGAAACAGACCUCAAGAGGACUCAGGACACGACUUGUAGUCUUACCGGACGAAGGCCCAUCCACACCAAAGUCCUCAGCGACACCGUCGGCACCGACCGCAGGUCAAUCGAAGGGCUCUAAAGCGUCGGGACCGACUGCAAGUCAAUCGAAGGGCUCUAAACCGUCGGCACCGACAACACGUCGGUCGAAGGGCCUGUGGACACCGCAGUCAACCGUCGACCCGCCCGAUCACCCUGUCGGGCCUUCCACUCCACCGCCUCUUCCGUCGGGCCCCCACCAACCACAGCGCCGUGCCCGGGCCCCAAAGACCCAACCGGACAUGAUGACAGCUUGGCUUGAGUACCGGGAUGAGUAUCUGCGGCACAUGUACACUGCCCAUGCCCCACCGACACCCGACGAUACCGGCCAAGCGACAUGCGACAAAUGCUCGGCUGGGUCCGCAGAGUGGAAGUGCCUCUCUUGCUUCGGCCGGCCGGUGCUCUGCGAUUCAUGCUGCCUGCGGGAGCACGCCCGCCUGCCUUUCCAUCGCCUGGAGCAAUGGACCAAUGCGGGUUUCUGGGCCCCUUCCUGGCUUCGAACCCUAGGCCUUCGCAUUCACCUCGGUCACGAAGGCGCUCCAUGUCCGUGUGUUGACGAGCCCGACAAUGAGAGUGACUGGUCGGAUGACGAUUCUUGCAAUGAAUCCGACAGUGGUGAAGAGGAUGAGGAAACCCUCGGUGAUCCCCUGCGUGAUGCGGCCGGGGUUGAGCGGGCUCCGGAAAUGCAUAUGACAAUUGUCGAUACGUCCGCCGUGCACUUCCUCCGCGUCGAAUGCUGCCGUUGCCCUCAGGCGGAGUCAAUUCGCGGUCAGCUCCUCCAGGCCGGGCUUUACCCGGCAAGCCAGCUGAAUGUCAAAACGUGUUUUACCUUCGACGUUCUGGAUGACUUCCUCCUCGACAAUCUCGAAUGCAAGACGUCCGCGAUGAACUAUUAUCGCCGACUUCGCCGGAAGACCAAUCCGGCAUUCCCGCAUCGUGUGCCGGAUCGCUAUGCGGAAUUCAUUCGUGCAACAAGACAAUGGACGCUUCUCCGGGCUAUGAUGCAGUUCGGAUUCGGGCCGACAUGGCGGGGCGAACCGGGCACGGGCGACCUUGCACUAUUUUGUGCUGCCUGCCCACAGCCCGGAGUGAACAUUCCAGAUGACUGGGACAGUGACCCGAAUGCGUACAUUUACGCUCGAGGCUAUGUCAUGGACGGUAACUUCUCCGCCGAGCAUAUGAAGAUGCGGAAGCCGGGAAACGAUGUUCCGCUUAUGCCCGGGAAGGCGUUCAUGGUGACGGAUGAAGAAUUAGCACCUCAUUUGAAGUCAUCCACUGAUAUAAAAAUGAAACCGACAUGCAAUGACCACCAAGCUAUCGCUCGGGCCAAUGCUCACCGCCACAAAUUACAGUCUACGGGAAUUGGGGCCACGGCUUGCUCACGGCACGGAUGUUUCUUUCCACAUGCGGUUGUCAACUUCCAGGCCGGUGAGCGGCAGAAGAACAUGGAUUACACGCUGUCGGAAGCUAUGAGUUACCGAUCGGACGGCAUUCGGAACGCCAUCGUGCUGUACGACGUGAUGUGUCAGUAUGGGGUGCACCUUCCAAAACGCUUCAAGGACGGUCCGCGGCUCCGGAUGCCGCGGGGCCUUACCCUUUACCUCGGCAUCGGCUUGUUCCAUGUACAUGGCCACCAGUUGAAGUGCCUCCUCGAGUACGCCCCGACGUUCAUGCGCGGCGCCGGACAAGUGGAUGGGGAGAUCGUCAAACGAUGUGGUCUCCAUUGGGUGCGGGAAGCAAAUCAACUGUCCGGUGUUGCAGGUUCUCACCCCCUUCCAGUCCCAGCAUUGAAGAAGCGCAUUGCCGCAAACCGGGUACUCCUUGAGAGCUUCCGAGAGGCGCUGGAGGACCAGGAAGCCGGGAUCGAAGCCGACAUCCUGGCUCAAUGGAUGUCAGCGGUCGCGGAAGCCCACAAAAAGCGUGUGAAGGAUGUAUCAGUGAUGGACGCAUUUGAGGUUCAGGGCCAGCAUGCUCCGUCAAGGGCGGAAAUACAAAUCGGUCUGACCGAAAAAGAAGGCGAUAACAACACCAUCGUCGGAGCAGCGGAGUGGAUGGUUGAGGGAAUGAGGAUUGAGGAUGCACAAAUCGCGCUGCAGCGGGUAGUAAGGGCCUAUGGGACAAAGACAACGGCAGAGCAGCGUUUGAACAUCGCAAAACAGAGAAAACGGCUCGAACUCCGGAUCGAGCGCUUCCUAAGGAAGGGGGAGGAGAUUGUGGGUACGAACGAAUGGGACGACGGUCGGCAGCAUACCGAGGUUAUCGAUGACAACGGUGACCUAUCCGACUGGGAAGACAUGCAGAACAACGGCCAAGCAGCCGCCGGACCCAACGUAACAGGCAAUGUCCCGGCUUCUACUCCGAAAUCAAGAAAGCGAGAUGGGAGGGCAGCGGAGUGGCGGCCGUUGUCACUUCCAUCGUCCUACUCUGUCGACACGAUCAAGACUACGGACGUGCAGCCAUAUGCAAAAGCGGAACUGGAGCUACGAAUCGGGCAAGCGAACGACAUCUUGCACCAAUUGCGGAUAUUGCUCAGCCAAAAGUCGUUUGUAAUGCGAGCGAAGGUGCGCGAUGCCAAGUCUCAGUCGCGGAAGACACGGGCGUGGGCGGAUGUGCAUGCCGUUCAGAAAGGAGUGGAACACCAGGCCCGUAUGUACAGGAAGGUGCGGCAUGCGAUGACAGUGCUCGGAGCAACAACGUCAACACUUCGAAAGUACCAAAAAUUGGUGCCUGACGAUUUGAAGGUCAGCACAGCAAUUGUAGAACCGAACCAGAGGGGGCAGCGACAUACCCGGCUACCCUGGAUAUGGACGACGGAUGUUCAAGGCGAUAUGAACGCAAAUGAGACAAUGACGGAAUUACACCGUGUGCAUUGGUUCCGAGCACGGUCACAGUUCGAGCGAGCCGAAGAAGAGGACAAUAUCCUCCGCCGAGAGCUGGAUUCUGUCCGGAGAUACUUUGAGUACGAGAUGAAACGGUGGGCAGACCAUGCCGCCCACCGGAAGAGCGGAAGGUAUCCUGGGUAUGCGGAGGUGUGCCGUCAGCGGCGACAUAUGUUCAAAAUGCUCCAGAAUGAUGCUGAGACUGCAUAUGGUAUCAUGUACCUUGGACGGUAA